GCUGUACCACCGCCGUGCGGGCCGCGGGGGGAGGAAAAGCGCGAGGCUCCGGUGACGGGGAAAGGUCGCUCCGGUGCGGCCGGGCGGCGGCGGCCGUGAUCGGAGCGUCCCGCCGCAGCGGCUCCCUCCUGCCGGCGGCCCCGCAGCGGCGGCGGGUGCCGUAGCUCCCCUCCUUCCCCCCCCCGGCGGCGGGGAAUGGUGCGGCCCGGCGCCGGGGCAGGCGGUGCGGGCCGAAGAUGGCGGCGGCGGGGUCCGGGUGGGGGCUCGAGGCGGACGAGUUCGAGGACGCCCCCGACGUGGAGCCGCUGGAGCCGACGCUGGCCAACAUCAUCGAGCAGCGGAGCCUCAAGUGGAUCUUCGUGGGGGGGAAGGGCGGCGUGGGCAAGACCACCUGCAGCUGCAGCCUGGCCGUGCAGCUCUCCAAGGUGCGCGAGAGCGUCCUCAUCAUCUCCACCGACCCCGCGCACAACAUCUCCGACGCCUUCGACCAGAAGUUCUCCAAGGUCCCCACCAAAGUCAAGGGCUACGACAACCUCUUCGCCAUGGAGAUUGACCCCAGCCUGGGGGUGGCGGAGCUGCCCGACGAGUUCUUCGAGGAGGACAACAUGCUGAGCAUGGGCAAGAAGAUGAUGCAGGAGGCCAUGAGCGCCUUCCCCGGCAUCGACGAGGCCAUGAGCUACGCCGAGGUGAUGAGGCUGGUGAAGGGCAUGAACUUCUCGGUGGUGGUGUUCGACACGGCGCCCACCGGCCACACGCUGCGGCUGCUCAACUUCCCCACCAUCGUGGAGCGGGGCCUGGGCCGCCUCAUGCAGAUCAAGAACCAGAUCAGCCCCUUCAUCUCGCAGAUGUGCAACAUGCUGGGGCUGGGCGACAUGAACGCCGACCAGCUGGCCUCCAAGCUGGAGGAGACGCUGCCCGUGAUCCGCUCCGUCAGCGAGCAGUUCAAGGACCCGGAGCAGACGACGUUCAUCUGCGUGUGCAUCGCGGAGUUCCUGUCGCUCUACGAGACGGAGCGGCUCAUCCAGGAGCUGGCCAAGUGCCGCAUCGACACGCACAACAUCGUCGUCAACCAGCUGGUCUUCCCCGAGCCGCUGCGGCCCUGCCGCAUGUGCGAGGCCCGGCACAAGAUCCAGGCCAAGUACCUCGACCAGAUGGAGGACCUCUACGAGGAUUUCCACAUCGUGAAGCUGCCGCUGCUGCCGCACGAGGUGCGGGGGGCCGACAAAGUGAACACCUUCUCGGGGCUGCUGCUGGAGCCCUACCAGCCCCCCAGCCCCAAAUAGCCCCCCCCGGGCCCAACCGCCGCCCCGUGGCGGGGGGGGGGGGGGGGGGCGCCGCUAUUUAUUCCCACCCCCCCCCAGUGGGGCAGGACGGCUCUGCCCCCCCCCAGCCCCAGCGCAGCCCCCCUGGUUCGAGGCUGCCGCCAACCAGCACCGUGGACCCCCCCCGGGUCCCUCCCCCGAGGUGGGGGGCACAGGGAGGGGCAUCGGGUCCCCCCCUGCCCCCUCCCCAUGUCACCCCCCUCCCAGGUGGGGGGCGCAGAGAGGGGCACCAGGACCCCCCUGUCCCCCCUCCUGUCACCGUGUCACCCCCCCCAGGUAGGGGGGGCAGAAAAGGGCACCGGGACCCCUCCUGUGCCCCCCCCGGUGUCCCCAUGUCCCCCCUCCUGCCCUGUGCCCCCCCCUCCAGGCAGGGGGCAGAGACCAGCACUGGGACCCCCCUGCUGUCCCCGUGUCCCCCCCCCCCAGGCCAGGGGGGCAGAGAGGGACACCAGGACCCCCCCCUCCACCCCCCCACGGGGACCUCGUGUAAAUAAUAAACUCGGGACGUGGAGAAA